GAUUGAUUCAAUAUUCCAAUUUUCAAAAAGACUACUGAUGGAUAAAACUGAAUUACAAUUUUCUACUGAGAAUAACAAAAGUAAUCAUCAACUCACUACAGAUAUAACUCCAUUCUCCAUAUCGAUUAAUGAUCCAUCGGCUGGAUUAAAUGCCACGAACAUACCAUCGACAUCCUCUUCAUCAUCCUCCUCCUCUUCCAUACCACCGCCGUCAUCGUCAUGUUCCACAACAACCACACCAACAACUCUGACAACAAGUAGUCGAAUAAAAAAUCAAUACACAGUGAAUAACAGUAAUAAUACUAAUACUUCACGUAAUCGACGACAAGAUUGGUGUAAAUGGCCAAUUUGUCUACAAUAUCGUACAACAGGUUAUUGUAUCGGAUAUAAUAAUGCUAAUGGUAUCUUACCAGAAUCAUCACAAUUAUGUCAAGCUGCACAUAUUGGUCCAAAUGAUCAAGUCCCACUGUCAUCCGAUGGUCAAGUUCGAGUUUGUUUUGAUUCAAUGGGAUUAGUGAAUGUGAGUGGAUAA